AUAAGACACAAGCUAUGGAAACACUACCUUACCUAUCUUGAGACGAUUUACAUAAGAGUAAAGUUGAGGUAACUACCUAAAUACAUACCUACCUAACUUAGGUAGUAGAUUUUUGUAUAUGGAUGAACCCGGGCAGGUCCGAAUUUGAACUGAGUUUAGUUAGACAUUGGACCCCGUUGAAAUCCGUUGAACCCCCCACCUUUUUUGCUUGUUAAUCUUUCCUACAACUUUCUCAUCAUAAAGAACCGGAACCUGAGGUUGUGAUGGUGGGGUGACGAAUCCUGCAACUACAUAGACGUCUCCGUAUCAAUCAACCGACAUCCACAAAGGUCACUCAUCAAUCUGAUCAAUAAAUUGAGCAAUUUUUGUGUUUUGUUUUGUUUGUUUUGUUUUGUUUUUUCGGACACAAGGUUCUAGGUAUAACGAUUACUAGAAGAAGCCCAUCAACAACUAAAGGACUUACGACCCCAAGACAAGGGAAUCUGACUGAUCAUCUUAUAUUUAUUGCCUGCCUAAACAUAUCAUUUCUAGCUCCUUGUCAGUCUCUAUAAGAGUCUCAGAUAUCUUUCAAAAAGGCCUCACUCUUGUUCCUUCUAUUCCCAUACGUCCUCCUUCAACUACAAGCAAGAUGGAUUUUGACUGGUCGACGCCCUUCCCGGAGGGUGUUAUAUCCUUCCUCGACACCGACCUGUACAAGUUGACUAUGCAAUGCGCCGUCUUCAAGUAUUACAAUGACGUGCCUGUUACAUACGCAUUUACCAACCGUACUCCCGAGAAGAAACUGUCCCGUAAAGCAUUCUCGUGGCUUUGCGAGCAAAUCAGCAAGCUUGGAAAUAUCUCACUUUCCGAUGACGAACUCCGUUAUCUGCAAACGCAUUGCAAAUAUCUUUCACCCUCGUAUUUGGACUUCUUAAAGGAAUUCCGGCUUAAGCCCCGCGAACAACUAAAGCCGACCUUCCAUCCCGUUGGACCGGACACGGGUGCGGAUGAUGAACUGGGUGACAUUCACAUCGAGAUCAGGGGGAAAUGGGUCGACACUAUAUUAUAUGAGAUUCCACUUCUUGCACUGACUUCCGAGGCGUACUUCAAGUUCAUGGACACGGACUGGAGUUACGACGGCCAGGAGGAAAAGGCAUUUGACAAGGGUAUGCGCCUCCUUGAAGCAGGAUGCAUCUUCUCUGAAUUUGGAACCCGUAGACGGAGAGAUUACCAUACCCAGGCAUUGGUUUUCAGAGGCUUGGUGAAAGCUAGCAAGGAGGCGGAGAAGCGAGGGUAUCCGGGAAAGCUCUCCGGAACUAGUAAUGUUCAUCUAGCUAUGCGAUUUAACCUACCUCCUGUCGGAACUGUCGCGCAUGAGUGGUUUAUGGGUAUUGCGGCCAUCACGAAUGAUUACCAAAAUGCGACGGAGGAGGCGCUACGCCGAUGGGUUGGCUGCUUCGGCGAGGGUGUAUUGGGAAUUGCGCUAACGGACACGUUUGGUACCCCGGAAUUUUUGAAGGCGUUUAGCAACCCGAUUAGAUAUCUUCCGGAUACUCCGAAUGUACCGCUCUCGGAUGAGGGUACCCAACCUGAGACUUCACCUCGAAGCUAUGCCGAGGUGUAUGCUGGCGUACGGCAGGAUUCGGGAAACCCUGCGGAUUUCGUCAAGCUGAUGCGCCAAUUCUACGACAGUCAGGGCAUUAAGGAUAAGAAGACAAUCGUGUUUUCUGACUCGCUGGAUAUCGAUAAGUGUAUCGAGUACAAGCGGGUAUCUGAAGAGUCCGGCUUCCAGCCAACGUUCGGUGUCGGCACAUAUUUGACGAACGACUUCGUCCAGCUCAGCACGGGGAAGAAAUCCGUGCCUCUUAAUAUUGUCAUCAAGCUAAGUUCCGCGGCUGGAAAUCCGGCCAUCAAGAUUAGCGACAACAUCGGGAAGAAUACAGGCGAUUCGGCCAAGGUGAUGGAAGUCAAGAAGUUGCUGGGUUAUGUAGAGAAGGAGUGGGCAGGCGGAGAUGAGACUUCGAGAUGGGGCAAGGCUGAUGACAUCGCGAAGCCAUGAAGAGGCUGGAUUUAUGCUUUAUAUGCGGCCUACUUCUGCGACCGAGUCAAGGGUGGUUUAGAUGAGCAUUUGCUGGCAAAAUCGAAAUUGCCACCCCCAGAGAAGUGCCCGAAUUGUGCUCCCGUCGGGUUAGCCAUGGUAUCUACGGUAGACCUUAAAGAGGUGGAUCGGACCCUGGGGAUAUUUCCAAAAGUUUACCAUGCGUGUGGACCGAUCACCAUCAAGAUGAUUCAAUGGAAAUGCGCACCUCUUGGUCGAUUUCGCGGGGGCUUACUUAAGAAGCGUGUAUGCGAUAUGAUGUAUAUUUCACCUGUCAAGGAGACUCUUUAGACUUACAAAAUAGAUUAUUGCGAACUCGUCUCUUGAAAAU